AUGUCUGAUCAUUCGUCAUCUAAUAACCGGCCUGACAAAAACGUUGCCAAUAUUAAUCCGCCUGAUGUGGAUCCUAAUACGAAUAUCUGGGGGGAAAAUUCUCUAAAAUCUUUCGCAGAGUCUAGGACUACUGGCCCUCACCAUCAGGGGGCUGAUGGUGAGGGUCCGCUUAUGUGUGACUACCCUGAUACCGACGAAGAUUCCCCGACGAGUAGCCUGGAAAGCCCCCAAAAGAGCACCUUUAAUGAUCGUGAAGGUCAAGCUCAUAAACAAAAUGGUCUUAGGACCUUUUAUGAUGAUGAUGAUGAUGAUGAUGAUGUCAGCUCCGACGAGUUAGAGAGAAAUGACAAUGAGAACCUAGCUGGGCGUGCUGGGUCAGACCAGAAUCUUUUGAAAGAAAACAAACCCGUGGGAGAGAUGUCGAAAUUGGUCGAUAAAGAUAUCGAAGAAGAGGAAAUAGAUAGCCUUUUAGACCCGAAGACUCCCGAGGGUGGGGAUUGGGAACCCACCGAGGAGUGUAUGAAGAGAAGUCUAGAUAUUGUGAGCAAGAGGCUUAAAGAAUGGAAGCGGUCUCGAAAAUACCGAAAGAAGAGAACCGUCCCAGAGAGAUGUUUAUUAACAUAA